AUGCCAGCUGUGCAGGCGGGUAGGGUGCGGCAGCAGCUGCAGGCAGUGGAGAGUUUUGAGACGUCUCGAAACGAAAUUAUGCCACCCGUGCAGGCGGGAUGGGUGCAGCAGCAGCUACGGGCAGUGGAGAGGGAGUUGAACGCUCUAGGGGAUGCGCUCAUGGUGCUGAAAGGUGGGGAAAGCGGAGGAGCGGACACGGGUAAAGGCGUGAGCGGGAGAGGGAUUGGGAGAGGGCGUGGGAGAGGGCUUGGGAGGGGUUCUGGAGCAGGAGGAGCGGCGAAGGGGAAGAGCGCGAAGGUUACCGGAUUUGGAAUUUCUGACAGCAGCAGUGGGCAGGCUGCAAGGGAUGAGGAUGAAAUGAGGGAGAAGAAGGAAAAGAGCAAGGACACGAGCAAGGAUGAAGGUGAUGGUGCGGGUGAGGAGAAGAAGGGUGCUGAUAUUGCUACUAUUGUGGAAGGGGAUCGCGACCGUGUCGCACUCAAAAUAUCUGGCAGCCAGGCGGACGGCACAGCAAGGAGCCUAAACCUACAGGCGACCGGGACUGGCAAGAUCUCACAGGCAGACAGUACCGCUAGGAACCUCCAGCUGGCGCUGACAGAGGAGCGCGUGAAGAGCCUCCUGAAACUGCGCAGGCAGCUGCAGGCUCAGCUGGGGGAGGCUCAGAUGGGGGAGGCUCGACUGGGGGAGGCUGGGCCUGGGGGAAGGCUGGCUGGUGGCGGAGAGGGAGAGGGGAGAGGAGGUAGAGGAGGAAAGGGAGAAGGAAGGGGUCGGGUUUUGGAUGGGGGACGGGAAGGUGGAAGGGUUGUGGGGAAAGGGAAGGGCAAGGGUAAGGCGCAGAUUGGUGGAGAGUGGAGAAGUGGCGAGAGUGGAAGAGGGGAGGGGGAGGGUGCGAGGGUGGAUGAGGGGAAGAGGAAAGGGAAGGGGAAGGGGAAGGUGGAGGCUACAAUGCUGAUGGAUGACGUGGAUGAUUUUGAUUCGGCGCUGGAUGGUGCUGCUGCAACUGGAUUCGUGGAAACGGAGCGGGAUAGGCUCAUUCGUUUGGGUCUCAUCACUCCUUUCGCACAGCUCAAGGGCUUUGACAAGGCCGUUCAAAUGAGAGCUGCAAGAGAGAGGAGGGGAGUAGGGGGAAGAGGGGGAAGUGGAGGACGAGGGAGGGAAAUUUUGACGCAAGAAGACAACGAGGAGGAGGAAGGAGAUGGAACAGGAAAGAGAAGAAGCAAGGGAAGAGGGCAGAGUAAGGGCAGUGGGGGCAAAGGCAAUGGGAAAAAAGGCAGUGGGGGUAAGGGCAGUGAGAGCAACAGCGGUGGCAUGAAGGGUAGUGGAAGCAAGAGCAGCAUCAACCGGCAGCAUCAAGUCUACGAGAAAUGGAGAAAGGCUCUCGAAUCCGCUGUUGGGGUGACCCUACCGAAGAAACCCUCGUUAGAAUCACACCCAAACUCGCCGCUAACCGCCCUCUCUUUAGUCCCCGUACCAGCAGCAUCAGGUUUGGCCCGAGGCAACAGCCUCGUCAUCACCACAUACGAGCAGGUUCGGUUGCGGCGAGAGCUGUUCCUGGCCGUUGAUUGGGGGUACGCGAUACUCGACGAGGGCCAUCGGAUCAGGAACCCUGAUGCAGACACCACGAUUGCAUGCAAGCAGCUUCGCACGCCGCACCGGCUGCUGCUGAGCGGAUCACCGAUUCAGAACCGGCUGGACGAGCUCUGGUCGCUCAUGGACUUUGUCUACCCGGGCAGGCUGGGCACGCUACCCGUGUUCUCAACAGAGUUUGCUCUCCCCAUUGCGAUUGGUGGAUACCUCAACGCCACUCCCCUGCAGGUCGCCACGGCUUACAAGUGUGCGGUUGUGCUUCGAGACGUCAUCCUUCCAUACCUACUCCGGAGAGUCAAGGCGGAUGUUGACAUUCAAUUGCCAGAAAAGACGGAACGCGUGCUGCUGGUGCCUAUCACUAGAUUCCAACGAACGCUGUACCGCGCAUUUCUGCAGAGCGAGGAGAUGCGGCAGAUUCUGGAGCGGAAGGGAGUGAGGGAUGUGGUGGUGGAUCCUAGAGAGGGGGGCCAGUGGGCCAAGUGGCGGGCGGCAGUGGUGGAGGAGGAGGGAAGGGAGGGAAGCAGAGGUGGGAACACGAGAAAGGGUGACCCUGAUUUCGGUAACCCCGACCGAAGCUCCAAGCUGCAAGUGCUGGAUAAGAUACUCCAUGUGUGGAAAGCUGAAGGGCACAGGGCGCUGGUUUUCUGUCAGACGCAGCAGAUGCUGGAUAUAGUCGAAUCCCUCGUGCUCAACUGUAACUUUGGAUACAGACGAAUGGACGGCAGCACGCCGCCCGGGCUGCGGGCGGCGCUGAUCGACGAGUUCAACAGCGGGGAGGGCGGCGUGUUUGUCUUCUUGCUGACCACUAGGGUGGGCGGAUUGGGAACGAAUCUCACGGGGGCCAAUCGGGUCGUGAUAUUUGAUCCUGACUGGAACCCCUCGACGGACUUGCAGGCUGCGUUGGAUCAGGAUACGAUCGAACGGCUGGCGUCAGCCGACCAGAUUCGGAUGGAUUGUGAAGCAGCGGCGGUGGCAGCACGAGCAGAAGCAGCUCUCCGCCAAUCACAGCGCGACCGAGCCUCCAGUGACGUUUCCGAACCUACCUGGACCGGCAGGUCUGGCCAGGCUGGUGUUCCAGCCAGGGGGGGGCGGAGGAGGUUUGGUUCGGCGAGCACCAACGCUAGCAGCAGGUUCGGGAGUGGACGAGGGGAUGGGGGAGGGGUGAGCGCAGGGAUCACGGGCGGCACUGUUUUGUCCUCUAGUGAGCUGGUGCAAAGGCUGCGGCAGAGGCAAGAGGCUGUGGCAUAG